GACCAAAUCACAGACAUGCUGAUUCACGAAACCUGGGCCAGCUCUAUCGAGUCUCUAAUGCGCAAGAAUAAGAUAAUUGCGGAGCCCUCAGAGGACAGUAUGGAGCUCGAUUCAGCAGACUCACAGCCACAUGUACAGCUCUUUGCUAACCUCGUAGAGAAUGGCAAAUCCUUGCUUGGAGGCCAGCAGGAUGACGUUGUGGCUGCUUGUCAGCCACACAUUCCAGUUGGAGAAAGGAGACAUGGCUUUAAACAGUCUCGUCGUGAAAAUAGUGGAAACCGGCCAAGUAUAGAGCAUCAAGAAAAUAGCGGUAGCUCUCACAGUUCAUCCUGUUUGAGGCAAGCAUGGCGUGGACAGAGGGAGGUACCCUUGAUCCACAUUGAACCAGAUCAAAGAGAAGAGGGCCUAGAAGACAGGGGGAGGGUUGGGCCCCACCACACAGAAGCAUCCCAUCAGAUCCAGCCACAAUGUGGCAAAGAGAAUGAGACAGCAACCAAAAGCAGCAGUGACAAAGACAGGGCCUCCUCAGUGGCCACAGCGCCCUCUGCAGGUGUGGAGGUGGAGCGACGCUCUCUCAGCGCUAGCAGUGAGGAAAGUGGCUCAGGCAGCUGGGCCCAGAUUGCCCCUGAAGACGACCCCCAAGAGGAGACCACCAGUAGCUUUAUCCAGCUAAGCGAGGGGUCAGUCUUCCAGUAG